AUAAAAGUGUAGGCUUACGGGUUCAUGAAACUUUCAGCUCUGCAUGACCCACGUUGCUCCAUCAAGGAGCAUGGAAACUGAUUUACUUCCACUGACCGCAUCUGUUUCGUCAAAAGAAGUCGGUGUCAAAAUGAAAGCCACUGUUGUACGGCCAACUGCGCUGUCAUCAACACAGGAAAAAUCUGUACUCUUGAAAUGUCAUUGAUGUCUCAGUGAUGGAAUAUUGAUGAAGCUUAAUCUGUGGGGAAAUAUGCUUCCUCUAGCCACUUUUUUUCUUUUCCUUUGUUUUGUUUUAUGCAUAUUCCUCUGUUUACCCAACAUCCAAGCCCAGUUUUUAUCCACACCUAGAGCAGGACAAGGCUUGUUGCUCUUCUCCCAGCCAUCCUAUAAUGCUUCAAUCUUUGAGAACUCAGCAGUAAGAACCUAUAUCAGAAGUGAGGUGAAAAUGGGCAUCACUCUUGUGCCAUCCUGGCCUUUAGACUUGAAAUAUUCAAUUGAGUCUGGAGACACCGAUGGCAUCUUUCAAGCUGAGGAGUUUGUAAUGGGAGAUUUUUGUUUUUUACGUAUAAGCACUAAAGGAGGAAACGGUGCCAUGCUGAAUCGGGAGGUACAGGACAAUUACACUCUGACAGUCAAGGCAUCUGCCCAUAUUGGUCUGGAGGCCUUGGUCACUAUAUUUAUCAAGGUCUUGGACACAAAUGACCUCCGACCACUCUUUUCUCCAACCUUCUAUUCAUUUGUUGUUUCUGAAAGUGCACCCCUGGGCACCAGCAUUGGACGGGUAACAGCCACAGAUGCAGACAUUGGUUCCAAUGGGGAGUUCUACUACUUCUUCAAGAACAGAGUAGAGCUCUUUGCCGUUCAUCCAACCAGUGGGGUCAUAACCCUCACAGGUCGACCCAGGAUAGAUAAAAGAGAAAAAUUUGAACUGGAGGUGCAGGUGGUUGACAGAGGAAUGAAACUCUACGGAAAUAAUGGUGUCAGCAGCACUGCUCGGUUAGUCUUAACUGUGGAUAGGGUUAAUGAAUUUGCUCCUGUUCUCAGUGCAGUAGCAGUUACUCCGUCUUUGACAGACAAGGACCUCAUCUAUGCCGUACUGACUGUGGAGGAUAAAGAUGAGGGGUUAUCCGGGGACAUAGAGUGGGUUUCCAUUAUUGAGGGAGACCCUUUUGAACAGUUUGUCAUUGAGAGAUUAGCUUUUGGAAACAAAUAUAGGGUUAAAUCCUCAGAGUUGAUCAACUGGGAAACAUAUCCCUAUGGCUGCAACUUAACUUUCCAGGCCAAAGACAGAGGUAUACCUCCAAAAUUUUCCAAUACCCAAGUUGUUCAGUUAGUGGUUACAAAGCAAGACCCAGUAUUGGCAAACUUUGAAAAAGAUGUUUAUGUAGUCAAGGUGAGUGAAAUUGCUCCCCCAGGCACUAUUGUGGAGGUGGUGAAAAUAUCCCCAGCUCCUCUGAGUGUCAAUUACAGUUUCAGGAGCCUCUCAGAUCCAAUGUACUUUGAUAUAAACCCUUUGACUGGGAUUAUUAUGACCAUAAGGCAGCUGACAAAGAUAUCCCAGGAUUUCAUGGAGAUGGAGGUAGUUGAUUAUGUCAGUCAACAGCAAGCAAGAGUUCAAAUUACCAUAGAAGAUGCAAAUGAUAACUCUCCAAUGUUCAGCAAGCCAUCCUAUGAUAUUGCAAUUAAUGAGAGCUUACCUAUUGGGACUGUUGUUCUUGUGGUGUCUGCUGUGGACAGUGAUAAAGGAGAAAAUGGAUAUGUAACUCACACAAUCAAUGGUGAGGAGUCUAUUCCAUUUAGUAUAGACCAGGACACGGGGGAGCUUACAAUCACAAGAGAUCUGGACUUCGAGUCCUCAGAGGAUAUUUAUAUUUUUGCAGUGCGAGCUUCUGACUGGGGUUCGCCCUACAGAAGAGAAACAGAGGUUAAUGUUACCAUUCGGGUGGUAAAUGUUAAUGAUAAUAAGCCAGCUUUUGAGAAGGUAUCUUGCAGAGGCAUGAUAAGCCGUGAUUUUCCAGUGAACCAGACCAUUGUUACUUUGUCAGCCAUAGAUAUAGACGAAGUUGGAAUGGUGAGGUACAAGAUACUGUCUGGGAACGAGUUAGACAAUUUUGAAUUAAAUCCUAACUCAGGGGCUUUGACACUGAAAAGAUCGUUUGCAUCAGACAGUUUAAAAAAUUCUAUAUUUAACUUGAAAGUGGCUGCAACAGAUGGUGAGAUGUCCUCUGAUCCGACAUUCGUUAAUAUAUCAGUGGUGAGAGGCAGGAUGCCACCUAGUGGGUUCACCUGCAAAGAGACCAGGGUAGCUCAGUUUCUUGCAGAGAAAAUGGUCUCCAAGGCAUCUGCAAUGGCUAAACCAAGAUCUGAUGAAAGAUACAUAGACCUUUUCUCUACAAACAAACAAGCUCCACAGUUUGAAGCGCUGCCUACAAGCAUUCUUGUCCAAGAGGAUCUGAGUCCUGGCUCCAGUGUUUUUCAGGUGCGGGCACGAGACGCUGACAUUGGUUUUAACGGUCGUGUUCUUUUUUCGAUUUAUGAUGGUAACAAAGAGAACAGCUUCAAUGUCAACAUGGAGAGUGGCCUGAUAACUGUUUUACAACCACUGGAUCGUGAGCGACAGGAUCGCUAUUUUCUGAAUAUCACCAUCUAUGAUCAGGGAAUUCCUCAGAUGUCCAACUGGAGACUGCUUACAGUGAUUAUUGAGGAUGCAAAUGACAAUAAUCCUCAAUUUUAUCAAGACAGUUACUCUGCCAUUGUUUCAGAAAACGCAGACCUUGGCAUGGAAGUAAUUGCAAUUACUGCUUUUGACAGGGACAUAGGCCAGAAUGGACAGUUCUCCUUUAGAAUGCUCACCAGCGUCCCUCAGUUUGGUAUUGACAGUGAAACCGGAAGUGUAUUUGUUGCAAGCCAACUGGACAGAGAAGCACAUCCUGUAUUCACAUUGAAGGUUGAAGUUAGAGACAAGGCCGAAAGAGCUCGGAGGUCAUCAGUAACUACUCUAAGCAUAAUAGUGGAGGACGUCAAUGACUGCUCUCCAGCUUUCAUCCCCAGCAGCUACAAUACCCGGGUACCAGAGGAUCUGCCCCCUGGAACUGUGAUCACUUGGGUGCAGGCUCAGGACCCAGAUGUUGGACCUGGUGGACAAGUCCGAUAUUCCUUAAUCAGUGAUUUCAAUGGGACUUUUGAGAUCAGUGCUGUGACCGGCAUACUGAGGGUAAACAAGGAGCUAGACUUUGAGACAAAACAGUUCUUUAACUUAACUGUUGUGGCAGAAGACAGAGGAAUCUCAAGCCUUCGGAGUGUCACAUUUGUGGAGAUUGAGGUGGCGGACGUCAAUGAAAAUUUGUAUGCCCCCUACUUCCUUGACUUUGCUGUGAAAGGUUCAGUAAAGGAGAACUCUCGCACAGGAACAAGUGUCCUGACAGUCAUUGCUAAAGAUGAUGACAGGGGACGAGAUGGCGUCUUGAGAUAUUCUGUCCGUGGAGGCAGCGGACUGGGCACUUUUACCAUCGACGAAGACACAGGGGUGAUUUAUACUGCUGGUAACUUGGAUUGUGAGACCAAAAACUCCUACUGGCUCACUGUGUAUGCCACAGACAGAGGGGUUACGCCCAUGUCAGCUUCAGUUGAAGUCUUCAUUCAGGUUGAAGACGUCAAUGACAAUGCUCCACUCACAUCCGAUCCUAUCUACCAUCCAGUCAUCAAGGAGAACUCUCCAAAGGAUGUGUCAGUCAUUCGUAUUCAAGCACAGGACCCUGACCUUACAGCAGCACCCACCCGUCUGAGUUACCGCAUCUCUGCAGGGAACCCACAAAAUUUCUUCUCUAUUAACCCCAAAACAGGGCUGAUUACAACCACUUCGAGGAAACUGGACCGAGAACAUCAGGCAGAGCACUUUUUAGAGGUCACAGUAAUCGACGGCCCAGUGACAACCCGCCAGUCCACCGUUUGGGUCAUAGUCCACAUCGAGGAUGAAAACGACAACUCUCCCAUCUUCCCUGAGGUCACUUACCGCAUCAGCUUGCCUGAACGGGACCGAAACAAACGGGGAGAAGCUGUUUAUCGGGUUUUUGCCUAUGACCGUGACUUGGGCGCAAACGGCAACAUCACAUAUAGCAUUAUUGAUGGGAAUGAGGAUGAAAAGUUCAGUAUUGACCCAAGGACCGGUAUGGUGUCCUCAAAGAAGACGGUCACAGCAGGCAGCUAUGACAUCCUCACUAUAAAAGCUGAAGACAGUGGUAUUCCAUCAUUGUGGUCUACUGUAAAACUCCAUGUUGAAUGGAUUCGCAAACCUGUCCCUUCGCCUAUGCCCCUGCUCUUCACCCAGAGGUCCUAUAAUUUCUCAAUUGCAGAGACAUCUGCAGUUGCUCAGCCGGUGGGACUGGUGGCUAUCAGCCAGUCAACGACACCUGUCUGGUUUAGUAUUGUUGGCGGCCGGCUUUCCAGAGAAAUGUUCUACAUUCCACAGAAUGAAUGUGGACGAAACUGUUCUCUUGACACAGGGAGCUUUGACAUGCAGUUUGACCUUCAAGUUGGAGUGGGGACCCUUGUUGUGGCCAAGCCAUUGGAUGCAGAAAUUCAGUCAGUGUACAACAUGACAGUACAGGUGACAGAUGGGACCAACUUUGCCACAACACAGGUAUUCAUACGAGUACAGGACAACAACGACAACCCUCCAGUCUUUUCACAGCCGGCCUAUGAUGUCAGUGUUUCUGAGGAUGCACCAUCUGACUUUGAGCUACUUCGACUCAGAGCGUCAGAUAUGGACGAACGGGCCCGUUUGAGCUUUUCCAUCUACGGGAGUGUUGACCCAGCGAGUAUGAGACUGUUCAGGGUCAAUCCUGGAACAGGGGUAGUUUACACUGCGGACAGACUGGACUAUGAGGCCAGAACUCAGCACAUCCUCACUAUUAUGGUUAAGGAUCAGGAGUUUCCAUUUAAUCGUGACUUGGCUCGCAUCCUUGUAGCAGUGGAGGACACUAACGAUAAUGUCCCAUACUUCACAAGCACCGUAUAUGAUGCUAUAGCCUAUGAGACUUUUCCUGUUGGUACUUCUGUGGUGCAGGUGACAGCACUAGACAAAGACAAUGGAAUUAAUGGUCAAAUCACAUACACAAUUGAAGCAGGCAAUACAGGGGGUGUGUUUGCCAUAAAUAAUACCACAGGCCUUAUCUUCAUCGCAAAAGACCUGGAUCUUACCUCUCUGGGCUUCUACAGCCUCACUGUGCGGGCAAUAGACAACGGCUUGCCUCCAUUAAUGGCCACUGCUUCGGUCCGCAUUUCACUGAUGCUCUCCGAUUUCUCCAAACCUCAAUUCUCUCAAAAGGAGUAUCAGGCCGAGAUAAUGGAGAAUAGCAAAUUAGGAACAUACGUGACCACUCUCAGUGCCCUCAGCCGCUCACCGCUCAUUUAUGACAUCGUCAGAGGCAAUGAGGAGCGCUGCUUCUUUGUUAACCACCACACUGGAGUAAUUACUACCCGCAAACUGCUUGACUUUGAGCAAAUAACAUCCUACUUUCUGAUGGUGCGCGCCGUGAGUAUGGCAGGAGUGGAGGCCAGCACCAGUGUCAUCAUCCAAGUGGUGGAUGUCAAUGAUAACCAACCUGAAUUUCAGAAAAUAAGGUAUAUAGGCACAGUUAGUGAAGCUGCUCCAGUCAACAGUGUUGUCCUCGGAGAGGAUGGCAACCCCUUGGUUAUCCAGGCCACGGAUAAGGAUCGUAAUCAUAAUUCCCUGUUAGUGUUCCAGAUCAUAGAAGAGACUGCUCGUUUGUUUUUCAGUGUGGACUCUGGGACAGGAUCAAUUCGAACCAUUGCCAGUUUGGACUACGAAACCUACCCAGAGUUCAAUUUUCGGGUCAAUGUCCAAGACAGUGGUCUACCACCUAAGAGUGCUGACAGUCCCGCAGAGGUGAUUAUAAAGGUGAUCAACAUGAAUGACUCACCCCCAAAGUUUUCACAGGACACUUACGAGACAGUACUUCUACUGCCAACAUAUGUGGGAGUUGAAGUCUUCCGGGUUGAGGCUUUAGACCCUGAUAUGACUGGUGACAAAGAAAAAUCUCUCACACCCAAGUUAGCCUAUUCCCUGGUGGAUAACAGUGUGGAAUACUUCACCGUUCAGCGCAGUACUGGAGUUGUGACUAUCACUAAUCCUAACCUCAGCAAAGACCGUUAUCGCUUCAGUGUGAAGGUCUGGGACGGGCGUUUUUCCAGCAUGGCGUCCAUCACCGUGCUUGUGAGAGAAGCUGUUGACAGCGGCCUGCUCUUCACCCAGCCCAUAUAUUCAGCCUCCAUUCCAGAGAACAAACCUGACAUCACAUUAGUGACUGUAGUAAAUACAGUGGGUCAUCACCUCAACGAGCCACUGAAAUACACUCUGCUAAACCCUGGAGGACGGUUCACAAUACGACCUACAUGUGGAGUGGUGCUUACCACAGGUGUUCCUUUUGACCGUGAGGAAAUGGGAAGUUAUGAGCUUGUGGUGGAAGUCAGCAGAGAAGAUGAGAUUCUAAGGGUGGCGAGGGUGACUGUACAAGUACAGGUGGAAGAUCUAAAUGACAACGCUCCAGAGUUUGUGAACCUCCCCUACUAUGCUGCAGUGCAGGUGGAAGCAGAACCAGGAUCAGCCAUCUUCAUGGUUUCUGCUGUUGAUCGAGACUUUGAUCUGAAUGGAGAAGUGACUUACAGCCUGAAGACGCAGCACAGGGACUUUGAGAUGAAUCCAGUAACAGGAGAGCUGGUCUUAAAACGAGCUUUUGAAGCUGACCUAUCAAAUGCAGAGUACAGAUUGAUUAUCAUUGCGACUGAUGGUGGAUUCCCUCGACUGUCCAGUGAAGUGGAGCUGCCUGUUACAGUCGUAAACAAAGCCAUGCCAGUGUUUGACAAGCCGUUCUAUGGUGUAACAGUCAGAGAAGAUGUUGAAGUUUCCACCUCUGUUCUGGGCAUCAAUGCAAGCAGUCCAGAGGGCCAGGACAUCAUCUUCACCAUCUCAGAUGGAGACCCUUCCUUUCAGUUUGACAUAGGCUUUGAUACAGGAAUUAUCAGUGUGAGAUAUCCAUUAGACUACGAGACCAUCCAGUACUACCGCCUAACAGUGAAAGCUACUGAUACCUUGACAGGGGCAAAGUCUGAGGUGGAUGUAGAUAUUGUUGUACUAGAUGUGAAUGACAACCCCCCACUUUUUCAGAACAUGUCGUACUCUGCUGUGCUAUCUGAGAACUCCAUGAUUGGAACAUCUGUUCUACAGGUCUUUGCACUAGACCAGGACUCAGAGAAGAACGCCGUAGUGACUUACCAGAUCCUGUCUGACAUCUACAACACCACCGACUACUUCCAAAUUGACAGCAGCAGGGGAUUGAUAUUCACGUCACGCAUGCUUGACUAUGAGCUCAUGCAGCGCCACAACUUCAUUGUCAGGGCGACAGACAGUGGAGAUCCUGCCCUUAGCACUGAUGUUACUGUCAUUGUGAUUGUAACUGACACAAACGACAACCCCCCUAAUUUCAGCCAAGCGGUAUACGAGGCUUUUGUCAGUGACCUGGCACCCAGAGGGCACUUUGUGACUUGCCUUCAAGCGUCAGAUGCUGACAUCUGUGAUGCUCAGAGGCUGAGGUAUAGUAUUCUCUCAGGGAAUGAGAAAAUGACUUUCAUGAUGGAGCCAGAUACAGGGGUGCUUCGUCUGUCUAACAAGAGGAGACAAGGCAUGAAACUCUUCUAUCAACUCAAUGUGUCUGUGUCAGAUGGAGUCUUCACCAACACUGCUCAGGUAAUUGUACGUGUCCUGGGAGCCAAUCUGUACAGCCCAGUAUUCAGUCAAAGGUUUUACCUGGCUGAGGUUCUUGAAAAUUCGCCUCCAGGAACCAAAGUCAUCCAAGUUUUAGCAAUGGAUGAGGAUUCUGGGCUGAAUGGUCAGAUAACCUACUCAUUCAUCAAUGACCUGGGGAAAAUCAAGUUCAGCAUCGAUGCAGACGGGGUCAUAUCCACUCUUCAGAGAUUAGACAGAGAAAGUCCUGUGAACAAAGACAUGGUGCUGACAGUAAUGGCCUUGGAUGGAGGAGGUCGUGCAUCAUUUUGCACCGUGCGAGUGGUCCUGGCAGAUGAAAAUGACAACGCUCCACAGUUCAGAGCCACGGAGUAUCGCAUGAGCAUUAAAGCUAAUGUUGCUAAAGGUUCUCUUGUCACACAGAUUCAGGCCACUGACCCUGAUGCUGGCUCUAAUGGGAGGAUAACUUACUCCCUUUACAGUGAGGCUCGUCUGUCACUCGUUGAUGUGCUGGAGGUGGAGCCAGACAGUGGUUGGAUGAUGACUAAAAGUGCUGUUGAUCACCUUCAAGGAACUGUCCUGUCCUUCUUCGUCAAAGCCACCGACUGCGGUGCUGCUCCCAAACACUCCCUGGUGUCAGCCUUUAUUCAAGUCGUCCCCCCAGAUUCAUUCAUCCCUUCGUUCAGCCAGCCUCAGUAUUCCUUUACCAUCCCUGAGGAUACUGCAGUAGGAACAGUGCUGGGCUCUGUUUACACAGGCCCUGGCCAGACGGGGUUCUUCACUGCUGUCCCUGGGGAGACAAUCGACAGCAACCAGGGGGCAACCUUCCUAGUGGAGAAAGAGACGGGUCUCAUCAGGCUGCUGAAGCCAUUGGACUAUGAGGAAGUCAGCAGCUUCAGGUUUAAGGUUGCAGCAACUGCAAGAAAAGAUUUGAUCGAGACCAUGUCAACCGUGGACUUGGAAGUGAAGAUUCUAGAUGUAAAUGACAACAAGCCAGAGUUUGAAACCAGUACAUAUGUAGCCACAGUGAUGGAAGGUAUGCCUUCAGGGACAAGAAUAAUUCAAGUCCGUGCUCUUGAUCCAGACUGGGGCUCUAAUGGACAGGUGACAUACAGCCUUGGGCUACUGCUCACCUACAACCCGGACCUAACGAAGGACACUUUGUCCCUCACCAGCCCAAUCACCACCGGUUCUGUCUUUGCCAUUGAUAGCAAAACAGGCUGGAUCACCACAGUGACUCAAAUGGAUCAUGAGGCCUGCUCGAGUUACAGCUUUGAAGUAGUGGCCUCUGAUUUGGCUGAGUUACAGCCUCUCUCCUCAACCACAGUGGUGACCAUCACCGUAUCGGACGUCAAUGACAAUCCGCCGAUGUUUGAGAGGGAGUUCUACAGAGGUGCUGUGAAGGAGAGUGAUCCACUCGGUGAAGUUGUGGCUGUCCUAAAAACCAAAGACCGAGAUGGUACUGACCAAAACCGCCUUGUCAGCUUUUACAUCACAGGGGGAAAUCAGAGAGGAGUGUUUGGCCUUACUCUUGUGCAAGGGGAGUGGAAGGUUUAUGUCAGUGGUCUGCUGGAUCGUGAGCAACAGGAUUGGUACUUGCUCAAUAUCACAGCCAGUGACGGGCUUUAUGUCGCUCAUACUGCAGUGGAGGUAACGGUAAUGGAUGCCAAUGACAACAGUCCCAUCUGCAACCAGGCGGUGUAUGGUGCCUCUUUUCCUGAGGACAUUCCCAUUAACAAGGGCAUUCUGAUGGUUGGUGCAACAGAUGCUGACUCAGGCUCAAGUGCUGAGAUCCAGUAUUCACUAUUUGGCAUUGGAGUGGAAGAUUUCUAUAUGGAUGCCAACACUGGUGAAUUGCGAACCGCCAACAUAAUAGACAGAGAAACAACACCCUCCUACAAACUCAUUGCUCAGGCUACUGACGGGGGAGGGCUGUUCUGCCGAUCUGACAUUUCUCUAAAAGUGUUGGACGUGAAUGACAAUGCUCCCUCAUUUUCGACAACUCAUUACCUGGCGAGUGUGUAUGAGAAUGCCUCCCCCAAGGCUUUACUUACUCGCCUGCAAGCCAGUGACCCUGAUGAAGGUCUGAACCGUACAGUGGUGUAUUCUCUGGUGAGUUCAUUCGAUGGGGUAUUUUCCAUUGAUCCGGUUACUGGAAUAGUGAUCCUGGAGAAAUUCCUGGACAGAGAGAGCCGAGACUCGUAUCGUAUUCGUGUUCAGGCUACCGAUCGGGCUGGGCAACAGGGGGCACUGUCCUCAGAGGUUGAUUUGACAAUCUUGGUCCUGGAUGUGAAUGACAAUGCUCCAGUUUUCCAGAGGAGAGAUUAUGCCGUUACUGUCCCUGAGGAUGUCGCUGUGGGGACCGAGGUUCUGCGCAUUUUAGCAACAAGCGCUGACAUUGGACCCAAUGCCGAGAUCACUUACAGCAUCAGAUCAGGCAACGAGUUGGGGAAAUUCAACAUAAACAGAAAACUAGGCUCAAUUACAGUGGCUGAUGACUUGGACUUUGAGGUGUGCAAGGACUACUACAUCACUGUUGAGGCUUGGGACAAUGGGAACCCUCCUCUUAGCACCGCUACGAUGAUUGUCAUCGAACUCAUGGAUGUCAACGACAAUGCUCCAAUGUUCGAUCAGGAUAUCUAUAAUGUUCUGAUCAGUGAGGAUGCAUCCAUAGGACAGACCGUUACAAGGGUGUUGGCAGAAGACCUGGACAGCCAAGUGAAUGGACGAAUUACCUACUCAAUUCUGAAAGGUGAUCGGACCAAUCACUUCUGGAUUGAUCCUGUGACUGGACUGCUUAAAGUUAAUAAGAGACUUGACAGAGAACUAGUAUCCAGGUACACUUUAUCUGUACAAGCAUUUGACAGCGGCUCUCCUGCCAUGUCCUCCACUGUCGCCGUUAACAUCGACAUCUCUGAUGUUAACGACAACCCUCCGGUCUUUACUCCUCCCAACUCCACAGCCAUUAUACAGCUCAACCAGGCUGCUGGCACCCCCCUUCUAACACUGUCAGUAAGUGAUAAAGACUCCCCUAGAAAUGGUGCCCCCUUUGUUUUUCGCAUAGUGGCAGGAAAUGAAGGUAGUUUCUUCCGUUUGGACCAGACUGGAUCUCUAAAGUCCAACCGUGUGUUCGGUCCUGAAGCACCCAGAGAAUUCAUACUUGAAAUUCAGGCAAGUGACUCGGGUAAACCGAGUCUUACUUCGUCUUCCUGGGUUUUUCUGAGAGUCAUCGGGAACAGUCAGUACAAGCCCAUUGUCUCCCCUCUGGAGAUCUACAUCGUCAUGUCAACGGAUACUUUUCCGGGUGGUCCGAUCGGCCGAAUCUAUGCCACAGACCGUGACCCCAAUGAUGUCCUGUCUUUUACCCACAAGCCUCCUCCAAAGAGCAUGUUUAAGAUCAACAGACAAGAUGGAAGUGUUGUUGCUCUGCCAGGUUUGGAACCUGGGAGAUACCAGAUGAAUGCAACAAUCAGUGACGGGCGAUAUGCUGUCAUAGCUGAUGUGUCAGUCCAGGUUGAACAGGUGACUGAUGUUUUGCUGCGUAGCGCCCUGACCUUGCGUUUCAGCUCCAUCUCAUGGGAGGAAUUACUUGGACGGUACCUGAAUCAGAUCAAAGUAACUUUACGAGCUAUAGCUGGCUGGAAGUGGUUACCAGGGCAGCAAGAUCCUCUUCAUAUACUUGGUGUGCAGCCAGUUGCAGGGACAUCUAAUAUCGAUUUGGUUCUGGCAGUGGAGAGACCAGAGACUUUAGGCACUGGACGGAUGGAGGGGUUUUACUCCCAACAGGAGUUGGCAGCAAAGCUGGAGGAAGCAGCAGCACGCGGUGAGAUGCGAGGUGCCCUUGCUGGAGCAGCUUUAAUCAGCAGCACCUGUUCUGGGAAGUUGGAUUGUGGAGACAUGGAGUGUAAAAACACGCUCGUGAUAGAGGGUGGUUUGCCUGUUACCUACAACACAGAAAGGAUCACCUUGGUUCUGCCCAGGUUUGGACGCACAGAGAGCUGCACUUGUUCAGGAGGGACGUGCCCAACCCCUGUAGAACUUUGUGAAGGUCAGUCCUGUCCAGACGAUAUGCGGUGUGUCCUUUCUGGUCCAACAGCACCAUCUGUCUGCCAGUGUCAGCCUGACCGAUUGGAUGAGUGUGCAGGUCAGACCUCUCUGAGUUUUUCUGGAAACAGCUACAUCAAGUACAGAGUGACAGAGAGGGUCCAGAGUGGAGAGAUGAGGCUUGGCCUCAGGGUUAGAACGCUUCAAACAAGAGGAGUCAUUAUGUUCACUCGUGUUAACCCUUGCACUAUGCUAAAGAUUGAAGGGGGUCGACUGUGGUUCCAGUUGGACUGCGACAACACCCUUGGAGUCAUGGGCAUCUCAGACAGACCAAUAAAUGAUGGUCUGUGGCAUUCAGUUGCCUUAGAGCUGACCAGAAACUACACCCUUCUUUCACUGGAUGAUAGUUACGUGGAACGUCGCAGAGCUGCACGGGCCCCAGUCCGUCUUUGGCCACUCGCUCCUGACUCCUCAUUUUUCUUUGGGGCACAAGUGAGGCUGCUGAACCGGCCAGGAGAGAGACCUGUCUUUGGACUUGAGCAAAGCCUGGGAGGAGGCCCAGAAUUUGGAGAGCGUUCAGUGAGGGGUCCGGCGAGAGCCCAGGACGGCUUCCAAGGUUGCCUGGGGUCGCUGAUGCUCAACGGUAACGAGCUGCCACUCCAAAAUAAGAGGAGCCGAUACGCCGAGAUAGCCGGGCUCAGUGAGGUCAAGCUGGGCUGUGUUCUUUAUCCAGAUCCAUGCAUCAGCCAGCCAUGCCUCAAUGGAGCCAUCUGCAGCAGCCUGCCAUUUGGAGGCUUCAUGUGCAGUUGCAGCAGUGGAUUCACUGGGGGGCGCUGUGAAGUUGAACUAACAUCCUGCAUGCCAAACCCAUGCCAGAAUGGUGGAGAGUGCAAAGCUGUUGGCAAUGCAUUCCUCUGUGGCUGUCCGAGAGGACUCAGGGGACUUAUAUGUGAUGUGGAUGUAAAUGAGUGUGACCAGGGCAACUGUGGAAACAGAGGAGAGUGUGUCAACACGUUCGGUUCGUUCUACUGCAACUGCUCAGAUGGAUACGAGGACCAGUUUUGCGAAGAUCAGGUCCCUGAGGAUGACACAGAGGCUGAGCCGCUGUCUUAUGUUGGACCCGGGGAAAUAAUAGGCAUUGGAGUGCUUGCCUUUGUCAUCAUUUUUCUCCUCAUACUCUUCGUCACCUUCAGGAAGAAAAUCAAAUUCCGGAAAGAUUCCGACCCGGGUUCGGGAACCAUGGCUGCUUCAGGCAUCUCAGCUGUUUCCUCAGAAGCUAGCUACAUGCUACACAAGACUAGAAUGGGGGUUGAGGGGAUUGAGUUCAAAGCUGUGCGUGUGCCAGGCUCACCGACUACCACGGCAACAUAUGGUGAGGUAGGAGGCUGCAGUGGAGGUCCUCCUCAGGUCAUGGUGCGUCCUACUGCCCACUCUAUCCUCCCAGGAACCGAGAGGACCACUUCCAGUGAAAGCAGUCAGAUGAGCAGCUUCCUCUCAGAUGUGUCUAAUGUCCGAGGUAUGGCAAAUAGGAGAGGAAUUGCAGUGUGUAGCGUGGCACCCAAUCUCCCCUCAGCAUCGGCCCGCCGCCCAGAGCACAGUCCAGCCCACAAAGUCUCAUGGGAAGGCAAGGAAACCAGAGAGAAAGUCCUGGACAGGCACAGAGACGAGCGGGAGGAGGAAUGGGGGCAGAGGGCUUUUGAGUUGGAGAGAACCCAGAGGGAUAACAGUCCGCAGGGGCUCAUGGAGGAGGACGUGGCGUGUCUCUCAGACUCCACCUCUGAUGAGCGCUCCCUUAGCUCCUACACCUCGGAGUCCAUUGAUGACAAUGCAUCCAUAGUCACAGUCAUACGUCUAGUCAAUGAUGCUGUUGAUGAUAUUGAAAGUGAAGUGUCAAACAUGGACAAAGAACAGCAGUGGAACAGCCCGGCGAGGCACCACCUGCAGAACAAGGAUAAGAUUUGUGUAGAGUUCGUCAAAGAGUACACUGUGGAUUCAUACCGGUGGGAGACUUCCUUCCAGAGUUUGAGCUGGCUGUCACCGUCACGGUUGCAUCCGCCAGAGGUGGGAUACCAUUACAACCUCAGUGACGCCCAGCAGAACAUCAGACGUGGAGGCAGCACACGCUCCCUCCAGCUCGACUCCAGAAUGAUGAGCUGCAGCGGUGACAGAGGCCAUGAGUCGGGCCAGGCGAACAGGAGGAGGACCUUCCAGUGGGAGAGGAAUCAGUCUGGCGAGUGGGAAAGAAGACAAACUGUGCACAGAGAUGAAAAGAGGAGACACGAAGGGGAAGGGAAAAAGACAGAGAUGAGAAGCAGGGAUGUGGCGGCGCACCACAGAGAACAUCUGCAGCUGCAUGGCCAUGACAGUAUUGAAGACAGCUCUUCGCCUAUUUACGAGGAGUACAGAGAGGCCUGCCAUGAUCCAGAGCCAAAUGACGACUCCGAGAGUCUCUAUGACACUCUACCGCCAACACGGCGAGCGUACGAGGGAUACCCGUCAAGCCCACCAGGCCUCAACCUGCACCCGGCUCAACUCAUGCCCCCUUUGAGAGCCUGGGAUCUACAGGAGGAGGAAUGGAGGCGAUCACAGGAGGAACAGGACGGACUCGGCUCUGCCGGUCUGAGCGGAUCUGGAGAUGAGCUCGAAAGACUUCUGAACCUGGUGUCGCUCAGAGCCAGGAGAGCCACUCGGACGAACAGAAAUUCAACUGGAUCUGAACCAACAGGAAGCUGGGAGGGGUGUAAAUGAACCAUUAACCAGACUGCUUACAGAAUGUUUAGAACAUUUAUUAAUCCUUUAUGAACAGCAAAGAGGCAGCAAUUCUCUCUGACUUUAUUUUGUGUUUAUAAUACAACACCUCUGCUGCAGCAUGUAAAUAUAAUUGUACAGGGAUAUUAAAAAAAAAAGACACACAUGCGUCUGUUAUGCUUAUCCUGGUGUAAACAAGCACUAAUCCACCACCAAUCCCUUGGAUCUUCGAUAAGCUGCAGGAAUCAGAGGAAAUUCAUGUGUUCUCUCAACGCCUUCACCUGUGCCACGUGAGAAUCGUCCGUGAUUGGCUGUGAAUCAAAGCCGAUACAUAUAUUAUUUAGAGCCACUGAAGCACUGCAUUCAUCUGUUUCUCUGUUGUUGUUUGGGGUUGAGGGGGGCAGGUGGGGAUAAUAUCAACGUGCGUCUAUGUGUUGUGCGCGUCAUACAUUGUAUUUUUCCAAACAUAAAAGCUCACACACACGCACACAAUCGCUGUGUGAACUCAGCCUCACAUUUCUUAGAGCUUUUAUUAUUUUCACUGGCACAUGCUUGGGGUUGUUUGGGUGAGAUCUUUUCACCCACGUCCUACUACACACAGCCUGAGCUGAGCUAUUAAGAUUACCAAUGCUGAUACCUGGGGGAUUUUUCCUUAAUCAUUUAAUUAUUCUAUGAAUAUUUAUUUGAUAACUACUCAUUUGUGAGAACUUCUUUCGUGAACACAUCAUGGAUGUUAUUGUGUAUUUAAAAUUUUUGCCAACAGUUACGUUUUUCUUUUUUUCCCCUUGCUUUAAAUUUAUGCGUGAAAAGCUCUUUUAACAUGCCUGAUUUUGUAAUUAGUAUAAAGUGAAUUGAAAAAGCUUUCAGGCUCUUUGAAAUUUUUAACCUUUUGUCUUGUUCUGUGUAUUUUCAUGGGAUUUGUGCAAUUGACAAGCCAGGUAGUGUAUAAUUUUGAAGUUUAAAAAAAUGUUUUUUUUUUUCUUUUUACAUAGACAUAUCUAGCAACUAAA